CGUCAUCGGCGGAGGGAUAGAUAGCUGUGUGAGAGAGAGAGAGCGCAGUGUGGGCAGAGGACUACCAGUGCCAUCCGCUGCGGACAGAAAGUGGAGGGCGAAAACUCUCGGAACGACAGCUUGCCGUGUGCCAAUGUGCAAAACUAUACAGUUUCGGUAGAGGCCAAGGGAUCGAGAAUCAGUCGCAAAAGAUUCGAGCUUCGGUCAUCGGAAAGAGGAGUAUAUAACGAUGUCGUCUCCAAGUCCGGGCAAAAGACGAAUGGACACCGACGUGGUGAAACUCAUCGAGAGCAAACAUGAAGUCACAAUCCUGAGUGGACUCAAUGAAUUUGUAGUGAAGUUUUAUGGACCACAAGGAACUCCAUAUGAGGGGGGCGUAUGGAAGGUGCGAGUAGAUCUUCCAGACAAAUACCCAUUCAAAUCUCCUUCUAUAGGAUUUAUGAACAAGAUUUUUCAUCCGAACAUCGAUGAAGCGUCAGGGACCGUGUGUUUAGAUGUGAUCAACCAGACAUGGACCGCUCUUUAUGAUCUCACCAAUAUCUUCGAGUCAUUUUUGCCACAGUUGCUGGCCUACCCGAACCCCAUCGACCCUCUGAAUGGGGACGCCGCAGCCAUGUACCUACACCGGCCAGAGGACUACAAACAGAAAAUCAAAGAAUACAUUCAGAAAUAUGCAACAGAGGAGGCUCUGAAGGAGCAGGAGGAAGGAGCGGGCGACUCUUCUUCAGAAAGCUCCAUGUCCGACUUUUCAGAGGACGAAGCUCAGGACAUGGAGUUGUAGUUAAGGGUGACAGUUUCUCCCCUUUACCACAGAGACUAUAUUAUUUCAUAACCAUGCGAAGCAGACUAUAAAAGAUUCAUAUUUAAACAA